CUGACAUGGCAACAGGCAAGUUUGCGCAUUUGGUAUUCGGAAUCGGCACAAAGAGAGAGAGAGAGAGAGAGAGAGUCUGUGUCUGUGUUGUGUAGCAAAUACUAGCAAUGGCUCCGAGAAGAAAACACAAGGAUACACGCAUGGAUGGGGCCCUUGAACAUAUGCGUGAGUUUGGAUUUUGUGAUCAGUUGGUUAGAGAAACUGUGAAAGAGCUUCUGAAGGUUUAUGGAAAUGAUGGGUGGUACUUCUUUGAAAGUGAUUCUUACAAGGUUCUACUUGACGCCCUUCUUGAAAAACAAAAAAAUGGUGAGCAAGGGGAGGAUGCGUCACAAGAUGAUACAGGAGGCAGAGAUGAUAUCAAGGCACUACCUGCUGGGCCCUCUCCAUCAAGUGAACCUAUUCAUCCAUCCCAUUCUAAGCUGGAGGCUGAAAAUGCUACAAUUCAAACUAAUGAGGCUUUAGACUCUGCAUCACAGACUAUUGAAACCCCGGGUGCUCCAUCAUUAACUAAUCAACUUGAUGGCAAGGAACAAUCCUCACUGGAGGAAGGAGAAAUAAAGGACUCUGGUGGUAGUAAACAUCUUGGGAACAAUCCUACCUGCUCUCCUCCUGGUUUGCACACCCCACAGCGGGUGGAUACUCUACCAGCCUGUACACGUAGACCUUGCUAUGGGUGGAUCAGCAGCAAUGAAGAGCAGGGUCCUUUGCAUGGAACAAAAGCGCCAUUUCCAAAAGACAUAGCAAGGUUUCUUCUUCGAAUGGAUGGGCGAAGAAAGCGCAAGACCAGGUGGGAUGUUAGGCCUGAAGAUAUGUAAUGUAGCUGCCUCUUUUGUACUCCAUCGACUAGAUUUUUGUAGAAGCAGAAAACUUGGCUGCACUUGUGAAUCCUGAAUUGCAGUUGAUCCUAGAUAACAAUAGGGUUUUAUUUUGUAAACCAUCACGGAUAGACUCAACUGUAACUUGACUAGCUUUUUAGGAAUAUAGUUUAGAUUUAGCUAGCAUUUUCUUGAAUUGUGACAACCUAUGUAUAUGUAUCUCCACUAAAUUUAUUAGAGUAACAUUGCGUUUGACAUUGGCUGAAAA